GAGCAACCUAUCAGUCACCCCACCGUUUAGUGACCGUAUAUGUAAUUGACCUCAUAUUUCCUCUUUCAUACUCUAUUUUGAGUCACCGUCAUGCCCUCUUUAUAAGUUGUACUCCAAGGCAACUAACUCCCUACACCUUCUUCUCACUACAACAAUCCUUACUUACCUUACCUUCCUCCCCACAAAUCAGAACAGAACCAGAGGGUGGGAAUAGAGACAAUGGGAACCUCUUUCACAACCAUGUCUCUACUUCUUCUUCUUAUUGCAGCUUCAGCAUUGCUUCUUUCACAUGCACAGGAUGAUAAACUUGUUCCCGGGAUCAUGACAUUUGGGGACUCAGCCGUUGAUGUCGGCAACAAUGACUACCUCCCCACAAUCUUCAAGGCAAAUUACCCUCCUUAUGGCAGAGACUUCGUCAACCACCAGCCUACUGGCAGGUUCUGCAAUGGCAAAUUGGCCACUGAUAUCACUGCUGACACUCUGGGAUUCAAGACUUACCCACCAGCAUAUCUGAGCCCUGAUGCAAUGGGGAACAACCUUCUAAUUGGAGCCAACUUCGCCUCUGCUGGUUCUGGUUUUGAUGACAAAGCUGCUGCUCUUAAUCAUGCAAUUACUCUGUCUCAGCAGCUGGAGCUGUUCAAGGAGUACAAAGGCAAGCUAGCCAAAGUUGCAGGAGCCAACAAGUCAGCUACAAUCAUCAAGGACUCACUGUACGUACUGAGUGCAGGCAGUAGUGAUUUCCUGCAGAACUACUACGUCAACCCUCUGCUCAACAAAGUCUACACUGCUGACCAAUAUGGUUCUUACCUUGUCAGCUCAUUCAACACUUUUGUCAAGGGAUUGUAUGGCCUGGGAGGGAGAAGGCUAGGGCUGACGUCACUCCCGCCACUGGGGUGCCUGCCAGCAGCCAGAACCAUAUUUGGGUACCAUGAGAGCGGCUGCGUCUCGCAAUUCAACACGGAAGCUCAGCAAUUCAACAAGAAGAUCGGCUCGGCGGUGGCGAAUCUGCAGAAGCAGCUGCCAGGGAUGAAGAUCGUCGUUUUCGACAUCUUCAAACCACUCUACGACCUCGUGAAAAAGCCUUCUGAUUUCGGUAACCAAAUGGGAAACAGAAACUUACCCUUUGUCCGUGGUGAAAUUUUGUGAACUGGGUCAGUUUCUAAUAUCCCUGUUGGGAACUGAUUAACAUGCAGGUUUUACUGAAGCGAGAAGGGGGUGCUGCGGAACAGGGACGAUUGAGACGACGGUGCUUUUGUGCAACCCGAAGUCGGUGGGGACGUGUCCGAAUGCGACUCAGUAUGUUUUCUGGGACAGUGUCCAUCCUUCGCAGGCUGCUAAUCAAGUCCUGGCUGAUGCUCUCAUCGUUGAUGGGAUCUCCCUCUUAGGAUGAAUCAAUGGAUGAUAUUCGUAUUUGUUCAUUAUAAUUGCUUUGUUUCCUUCUUGUUCUUGUUCUUGUUUUGUGGCAUAUUGGAAACAAAGUAAUGUGUUUACUGUUUAAGAAGAGUGUUGUUGGCUACUGCUACAUUUGCAUUCUUAUGUUUUGUCUGCAACAGUUGUAAGCUUCCGUUUCAUUGUAACAGUUCAAAUGUUGUAUACUUUUUACCAUAAGCAAUUUCAAUACCAAGUAACCUUCCUUUCUCCCUU